AUGACGAAUCGCGCAACCAAGACCCCUGCCUUUCAGCCAGGCAAAUAUACUGCCUGGCUAGCCAAAUCUCUCGAAGAUGAAGCGAGGGCAAAAGAAAAUACUCGCUACCAAGCUGCGAUGGAACGCCAAUCCGAAACGCCUUUUUCAACUCAAAUGGAGCAUGAAGGCGCAUUCUCUGACAGGGAAGAGCAACUCAGAAGCCGCCACAGCAGCAAGGCUCUACACAAACCCGAUCGAGAAACGGAACUGGUCGAUUCUUCGCCAUACAGGCUAUACAAGCCUACAACAUGUGCAAACAACCGAUCUCCAGGGGAAGUGAAGCAAGGACCCUUCAAAGGUUCAUCCGCGAGAGAGGAGCAGAUAGAACAAUGCAGGCAGUCGGAAAGCAAGGCUGCUAAACGACUAAUUAAGAGAAAAUUGGCCGACGAUAUCCGCAUUUUGAAGAGCGAGGUGGAGGAUCUUAAACAAAUGGUCAUCGCUCUGCAGCCACUCCUGCCUGAGCGACGUAAGAGAAAGCGAGUCUCGUUCCAAGACAAUCCCAUCUAG